UGGCCGCUACAGCUGUAUUGGGAAGCCUAUUCGAUAGACCAGUAAGGAUCGACGAUCAAGAAUAGAAGACAGAUUCUCCACCGACCGGUCGGGGAGAUCCCGGAUAUAGUAACUUUGGCGUAUUCGUUUUCUAGACCUAUGGCCAAGAUGAUCCUUAACGCCCACUGGCGGACGACUCGAGAGCAUGUUGGACGUUUGACUUUCGAUGCAAAAGCUUGACCCUGACCCAGAGACUGAUGGCCCUGCUAUCUAAAGACCCUGACGCGCUGCGUUCUGCAAUUAACUUAGGACCGGUCUCCAGCAAGACUUCUGAGGCACGCACCCCCGUUCCCCUUCCUCAACCAAUAUGCCGCUCAUCAUACACCUUGACAAUCAGCAGCGUUGGUAUUCUGGGGGCGAAACAAUAAGUGGUCACGUCGAGUUUCAGUGCGCUCAAGCGACCGAGGUCGACGACAUUCGGGUGAGCUUCUUCGGGCGCAGCAAGGCCAAGGUACAGAAAGUCAAGGGAUCGGCAGCGCCCUCAGCAAGCUAUCGCAGCAAAUGUGUGCUCUUCGAUAAAGAGAGGAUCUUAUCACAUCUCAAUGGCGACACGCUAUCCCCGGGAACAUAUGAAUGGCCGUUCGUGUUCACCUUUCCAUCCAAUGUUCAAUCGCCAGGGCAGUCGUCCGGAUGGACUGAGAAGUCUCCUUUCCGCAACGAUGUGAAUCACCCAUUACCGCCGUCGUUCGCGGUCGAUACCGGAGACACCCUUCGCAAGUUGAAUUGUGCAAUCGAGUACCAAUUAGAGGCGGAAGUCUUCAAAUCACAGCGAGGCUUUUUGGGCAAGAAAUUGGCCCUGUUCAAGGAGACGCUGCAUCUCAGAUUUGUUCCUCCGGCACCCAGCGCGGAAAAAGCCUGCGAUUCGGUAAUAUACCGACAGCAAAGGGCAGAGAUGUUUGAGAUCCGCAGCAUCCUGUUACUCCUGGAGAACAGAGGGCGAAGUCUAACCUUUCAGGAAAGGCUCCAGUCAUGGGUUUCGGCACGGCAACCUCGUUUCAGCUUCAAAGCAACCUUCUCCUAUCCGAUACGUGUCAAACAAGGAUCGUCUCUUACAUGCCUUCUAGAGAUCCACCCCUUCAUGGAAGACUCAUCUGUCAGUCUGCCGCCCGAGAUUUCACUGCAAUCUUUAUCUCUGUGUGUUGUCAGCCAAACGGCUGCGCGUGCUGCACCAUCUCUAAUAGGCUCAUUAUCAGGGCAGGUACACGAGAGAAUCGAGUUGUUGAAUCAAAGAUCUCUUGCAAUGCCGGUAAUGGGGACUUUGGAUUUAUCUCACACGUUGGGGCCUCUGAGGCUAAGCCGGUCGGACAUUUCUUUCAGCACAUUUAAUCUCAGCAGAUCUUAUCUACUGUGUGCGUCCUUCGCAUUCGAGUGUGCAGGGAAGUCUGUCGAAUUUAGCCUUGCAGAUAUGCCCUUUGAAAUGGUGGCAGAUGUUCAAGCGACGUCGGGGAGCAAAGACAUCGCGGAGAAUAGUGCACAAGGUGCGCCGCCCUCUUAUCAUGCUUCCAAUUCAUCGACAGAGGACGGGAAAAAAAAUAGAGAAAGGUUAAAUGAGCGCAGUGUUGGAUGGUUCUAAAUGGCAACGUGCUCGUCAAUCCUCGCGGCUGUUUCGGUCAGCCCUUCAGACAAAUGUACGGCGGUCGGAAUCGGAAAUUAAUC